UUAAGGCACUAAAUACCAAGUUGAAGCAGUAAGAAGCGAUUUGAAAUGUUCAAAAUGUUUAAAUUCCUUGUCGCGAUGACGAUGUUGGCCGUGAUAAUUGCCGAGUCUUUUGCCGACUCACCAGUGGAGUGUCCUGAUAACGAACACUGGUCGCUAUGCGGAACUAUGUGCGAGCCAAGUUGCGAACAGCCGAAACCGAAUCCUUUCUUCUGCCCUAGAAUCGUGUGCGCGCGAGAUACUGCCGGCUGCAGGUGUAAAAAUGGCUACGUGAGGAACGAAGAUAAUAAAGACUGCGUUGCACUAAAGGAGUGUCCUCACAAAUCACAAUCUAAAGCGAUCUAAAACGAUCUUUGAGAGA